AUGUCUAAAGAUAUAUUUCCAUCUCCAACUAACCCACCACUUCAAAUAGCAUUGCAACUACAACCGUCAAAUGAUCAGUUUAAAAGAAGAAGGGUUACACGUGCAUGUGACGAAUGUAGAAAGAAAAAAGUUAAAUGUGAUGGUCAACAACCAUGUAUUCACUGUACCGUCUAUUCGUAUAACUGUACAUAUAAUAAACCGACGAAGAGAACUUUUACACAAAAACAACAAGAUUCAAUAAUAAAUAGUACAACUACUGACACAACUAACAAUGUUACUACUAUUAAUAAUAAUAUAACAAACUACAGUUCUACUUCAAAUAUAAAUAGUCCUGUUACACCUGCAACUGUAGCGGCCACGCUAUCUACUAUCCCACAUACAAAUGUUAUCAAUCUGAAUACUAACUCAACUAGCAUUCAAAAUUUACCAAAUGAUACGAAUAUGAAUCCUAAUGCUGUGAAUUCUGUAGACACUUUCAAUUUAGAUUCUCCAUCCAGUACUAUUUUGAAUUCAAAUAUACAAAGUUCUACUGUCACUAGUAACAACAACAAUAGUAAUACAAACAAGAGUAAAAAAAUCUAA